GAUCAUCCCGCCUGUCAUUGGUCAACAGCCGAUCGUCUCCACUCACAUCAACACCGAUCUCAAGAAAAGCAAAACACCAUGAGCUCAACCAUCCUUCAACAGGCCUUCCUUCGCACCUCGCUCAAGCCCGUCAGUCGACUCGGCGUGCAGACCAGCUGCUUCAAGUCGCCCGUCUUGGGAAGCUUGUCAAGCCUUCAUCAACAAAGGUUUUCUAGCUCCAAGACACUCAAAUGCUCUGAAGAGGAUGCAAUCAAGCUGUUGAAUGAACAGCGAAAGCUUCGUCCCUCGUCUCCUCAUUUUACUAUUUACCAACCACAGUUAACUUGGUAUUCUAGUAUUGCCAACCGGGUUACCGGUUGCGCCCUAUCAGCCGGGUUCUACGCGUAUGCCUUGGGUUACAUGGCCCUCCCAGGUAGCAUCCCGUUGGAUUCCGAUACAGUUGUCCAAGUGGUGGCAUCCAGUCCUGAAUGGGCCAAGGUCGCCGGAAAAGCUAUCGUAGCUUUGCCAUUCACCUAUCAUACAUUCAAUGGAGUCAGGCAUCUAGCGUGGGACAUGGGAUACCUCCUUGACCUUAAAACAAGCUACACUGCAGGGUACACCGUCCUUGGUUUGACUGCUGUCUCGACUGUUGGAUUAGCCCUCAUCUAGGUAGCAAACAAGUGUGGUAUCUGUGUCUCUUAGAACCCCCUUGGCCUCCACACACCGCAGUUGCGUCUGGAGUUCAUUGUACAUUUUUUCAAAUUAACACUCCGAGGUAAUCACAAUCAUCUGCCUUGCGAAAUUGUAUAACUUUGAUGACCUGUGUGGAUAGUCUUUCAAUUGAGCCCUGUAAGUUUGAUGAGAAAACUCGAUAGAGACUUCAGCCAUCAUUAAUUUCUCCUUCGAAUCACCGAUUUCCUUGC